UUUUCUGUUGCUAAAAAAUUGAGACGGUUUGGGAAAAGUGAAUUCUGCAGAGCUGUAUUAUCAAGCAAGUAUACGUGGACAAAUCUAAUCCAUCAUAUUCUCUGUGCACAAAUAAAAUCGCCAAUUCGUUCAGUACGUUAGGUUUUGAAAUUGUAAAUAAAUACAAUUCACUAUGCUUGAUGUAAACCAAAAGUGAAUUCAACGUUCUGGUUGUCAACGUCUUUCUCCCAACGGUAGGUUGUACUGGGAGUAAUUGUUUAGUAAUUUACUAAUUAGCAGUAGUUGCACUACUGCUGACGUUGUUAUACAUUGGAUUGCAUUGGAGGCAAAAGGAAGAUUGAUUAAUUAUCGUGGAUGUAUUAUUUAUUAUUCCUUGAGGUGAAGAUUAGUUUAGUGAACAGCAAGCCCAGCGAAUUCCUUGAUUCUUUAUCCGGACAAUGUUAAGGAUGUGGUGGGCACGAUGGAGUAUUUGGAUUGUGGGGUGUGCUCUCGCAACUGCGGUGGUUAUUGGAAAUGCAUUUUAUCAAAAGAAACAGUUUUAUCCCACUGUGGUCUACAUUACAAAGUCCAAACCCAGCAUGGUUGUAAUGUAUGGACAAGCUCUUUUGUUUGUGGUCAUUUUGGGAAAACUGUUCAGGAAAUUGUUCUUUGGUCAGUUGAGAGCUGCAGAAUUUGAGCAUUUGGUAGAAAGAUCGUGGUACGCCGUGACCGAAACUUGUUUAGCAUUCACUGUUUUUCGAGAUGAUUUCAGUCCAAAAUUCCUUGCACUUUUCACUCUACUCCUUUUUCUGAAAUCCUUCCAUUGGUUAGCGGAAGAACGAGUCGACUAUAUGGAAAGAAGUCCAGUCAUCACUUGGGUGUUUCAUGUUCGAGUUUUGAGUUUACUUUCAAUACUACUCCUGAUGGAUGUCUACUUUGUGAAUGUGGCUUAUCAAUCCACCAUUACAAAGGGGGCCUCUGUCCAGUUAGUGUUUGGAUUUGAGUAUGCUAUCCUUACGACGAUUGUCCUUAACACGGUGGCCAAGUAUGUGUUUCAUGUUAUUGACAUGCAGAACGACACCCCAUGGGAGAAUAAAGCUGUUUUUGUUUUACACACCGAAGUUAUCAUCGGUCUGUUUAAAGUUAUAUUGUACGUCGUAUUUGUAAUGAUUAUGGUUCGAGUGUAUACGUUACCUCUAUUUGCUCUUCGACCAACCUAUUUGGCAUUACGAGCGUUUAAGAAAGCUGUCAACGAUGUCAUCAUGUCAAGGCGUGCUAUAAACAAUAUGAAUAACUUGUACCCCGAUGUGACCCAGGAAGAACUUGCCGCAACUGACAAUGUUUGUAUCAUUUGUCGCGAGGAGAUGACCGGAGGGGCGAAAAAGCUUCCUUGUAAUCAUAUUUUCCACGUGUCCUGUCUCCGAUCCUGGUUUCAAAGACAACAAACGUGUCCAACAUGUCGUCUAAAUGUACUACGAGUUCCUGCUCAACCAACUGGGGGUGCUGCUGGGAUCCAAGGUGGAAAUUUCAAUGCCUUCAUCAAUCAGUUCCCUGCAUUUGGAGGACAAGGAAUGUUUCGCGGAGGACAGCAGCAGCAGCAACAACAACAACAACAACAACAACAAGCAGCACAACCUUUCGGAAUAUGGGGUGGCUUUCCACAACAAUGGAUUCCUCAACAACAACAACAACAAGCUGGGGCUCCACAGCAGCAACCGAUGCCGCCCACACGGGGAGGAGGAGCUGGUGAGCAAAAUGACCUUCCACAACAACCUGCAGCUGGUGGUGGAGACGCGCAGCAGAGGCAGCAGCAGGGAGUUGACCCUACAUUAGGAGCGAGGGGGCCACAAAUACCUUGGAAUAAUGCUUUUGCCGCAAUGGCUCCUCCACCAUUUGCCUUCCGACCAACGGGUGAAUCUUUUGGUGAUUUCAUGACUGCUGGAGGACCAUCAACCCCAUUUACCUUUCCUCCCAUGCCUUACAUCCCACUGGUACCACCACCCCCACCACUUUUGCAAACUACUGGACUUAGUGAUGACGACCUUGCUAGGAUGGAAGGAGUGACCAGAGAAAAUAUAGAAGCUCGACUACGAUGUUUAAGAAAUGUUCAAAUUCUUUUAGACUCUGCAGUUGUUCAGAUGCAACAAUAUAGUGCUAUUAUGUCCCAUCUCAACUUGGCGACAUCACCACCCACCCAAUCGUCCACAUCUGUCCCCUCCCCCGAAGGACCAGGCUUCAGUGGGACCUCCUCCGCCUUCCAGUCGAGCUCACAAACCAAAUCUCCAGCAGCGCCAGUAGUAGUCUCUCAAGCGGAGUCAUCCUCAAGUGAAAAGUUUAAAGAGGCUAGUACAACAGAUGCCACUUCUAGUCUCCCUACCACAGAAACGUCGACCUCCUCCUCAUCUUCAGUUCCUCUUUCUGAGCAGGACGAACUAAGAAAACGAAGACUGCAACGAUUUACCACGACCACGAAUCAAACGCAAGCUUCUGGUCAAAUAGGAGAUAUCCAGCCCUUGCACAAUUCUACUCCAUAGAUCGGUUCCGCAAAGCCCUAGUGCUGAGUGGCGUUCUCCAUUAGGAACCCACUAUUAACUGUAUACCCUCUCUAAAGUAUUUGCAAGUAAUCAAGUGAAAUUAUUGUUAUCUUUGUUACUAUCCUAGCUUCUCAUAUUGUCGCUCAAAGUGGAGUCUGACAAAGUACCUAAUCUUAGGUACGAAUCAGCUAUACAAACAGGCUGAGAUGUGUAUGUACAUGAGCUGGAUAUAAUAAUACUGUCAACUGUGCGAUUAAUAUUUGCAAGCCAGGCGAUUAUCAUUGAUUGCACGUGUUAAAUUUUCAGGGAGAGAGAGAGAGCUUGAUAAUCUUGUACGUAUCGCUAUAAACUCAUUCCCUAAAGUAUGUAAAUAUUAAUGUGUCUAAUAAAGAUAUAUGAUUGUAAGUAUGUAAUUGCAGCAUAAGGUGUACUAGGAAUACAUAAGUAUGCGUAAUAUGUAACAAUAAAAAUAAUAAUAAAUUUCGGGA